GCAAAACCAGCCAUGUUGAUUCCCAGCCUACAUUGCAGUGGUCCUCCAACAGCAUCACGACCGACACCCGAGUGCCCCUCUACUUGAAUGAGUUCUGGCAGCUAGAUGCGCAGUCUUUCGAUUUGCUCUUUAUGGAUGCAGAGACCGGUCCACGAUUGAUGUCGUACGGGCUUCGUGCGUUUCAAGACUACAUGCUGAAUGACUUUGUCGAAAGUACGACAAGUUGCGAGGAUUUGGUGUGUGAUGAUCUAGCUGAGAGCAUGGUGGAGAUGGUGAUGACCUGCAAAGAGUAUGUGAUGGCGGCUUUGGCUGCUCUCGACAGGCAGCACGCUUAUGAGACUGACGAGUACGAAAAGCGGAAGUCUGCAGCUGAGGUAGCAGCCAAGAAGAUCUUGGCAGGUAAGCCGGAUGAUGAGCAGCGCAAGCAGUCUGUGCAGAAGUGGCUCGGGGGUGAGCUAGCUCGCUUAGCAAAAAGAUCCAGGGAGCUGGAGACUGAUGUAUGCCAAGCGGCCACCCAGGGCGGCUGCUGGAUCCACAAGCUCCUGGCUUUGGUGCAGAUGCACGGCUCUCAUGCUUUUGCAAGUGACUUCGCGCAGAAGCUCGAGCUAUGGCAUCAAAUGGAUGCUUCGCAGAAGUGUGCCUACGAUCUUACAGCACGGCCUACUGAGGUUGAGCAGUCCACUCAGCCUGAUCAUGAUCUACCACCGGCACCUAUUACAGCUGAGCAAGUUUCGAAUCAUGAGCUACAUGCAGCCGCUACACAGGUUGAUGCUGUCGACGACAACGGCACCAACGAUACGACCCUCGGUCUGAUGAAUCCGAAUCCGGAGCUCGAGAUGACUGACACCCAGCGCAUGAUCAGCCAAUCCUCCAAGGACUGGCAAGUGGAGGACCUGCCGGAGACUUUGGAGGAUCCGUACGAGGAUGUGCAGCUUCCCGAAUCCAUGUCCGGAGAUGGGGACCGUGCCACCCCCGAGGGGGGCCAUACCAUCACCGAUUCCAAUGCAGCACAGUCUGGAGAAGGGGUCAUGAAUGGCACAGUCAUCCAAUCCGGAUCCUUAGAGGGGGUACCUAUAACCAGCACCGAUUCCGCGAAAGCACAGUCGGGAGAAGGGGGUCAUGAUUCGAAGGGUGCACCAGGCCAUCGUGAUGCUGGGCUGCAGCAGGGUGCCUACGAUGUCGAGGACAACAACCAGGAUCAGCAUUCCGAUGAUGGCUCUGUCGAGCUAUUGAAUGAUGACAAUCUCUUGGAAGCCGAGUUAGCCCGCAUGAUGCUCAAGGAAGAGCCGAACGAGUCGUUGCCAGAUCCGCAAGCUGCUGCUCCUGUAGCUGUGCCAAAGACUGUGGAGUUGGAGGAUAAGCUUUCAGAGCUCGAUGAUGAGAAGAAGCAGAUUGAACAGGUUGCCUGUCCCGUACCGACCCAAACGAAUCCGGAGCUCGAGAAUGGGAAGAAACAGAUUGAAGAGGUUAUCUGUCCCGUACCGACCCAAACGAAUCCGGAGCUCAAGAGUGGGAAGAAGCAGAUUGAAGAGGUUAUCUGUCCCGUACCGACCCAAACGAAUCCGGAGCUCGAGAGUGGGAAGAAGCAGAUUGAAGAGGUUAUCUGUCCCGAACCGACCCAAACGAAUCCGGAGCUCGAGGGUAAGAAGAAGCAGAUUAACGAGCUUACCGCAUCCUUGCAGCGCUUGAACACUGCUGACAUCCAGGCCUAG